AUGGCUAGGCAUUCACAAUACGCACCUGGAAAGAUAAGUAUCUCUGCACCAUCUAUUCUUUCAGGAACAAAGGCUGUUGAGAAUAUAGAUUACCCACACUACUCUGUCCUCUUCAGAAAAAUGAACAUGCCUUUUGUGAAGGGAGUUGAGGACAGACAUGACUGUGACAGAACUGAAAAGAAAGGCAACCCCACUUUUCUCAAAUUUCACCCUUAUCCUGCGCCAGGCCCGCCGGACUACCACUUACACUACCCCCGCCCCCCACCGUAUGGACCGGACUAUCCGCUCUCUCCGCUGCGCGAUGACGUGCCCCUAUGUGACCCCUGUUCGGGGUUUUUGAGUCCCGGUGCUGAUGCCGAUUUAAAGCCUGGUGUUGGCAGAGCCAUCCCAAGCCUGGUGGCCUUCAGCGAUGUGAAACCUCAGCAGCGAGUCCCCAGGCCAGACAUGGGAUUGCAAACAACAUUAAAAAGGCAAAAAAUUUUAUUAGAAGAACUGAAGCAAGACUGGAAAUGGAAUUCCAGGGCAGUACCAGACAUUUCCAUCAGAGCAAGGCUUGGAGGCUGGACGAGCCCCCUGAAGGUCGCCCCCUCCCGGCCCCGACACGAAGGACGCUCAGUAAACCACACGUACACGUUUGAUGAGGACGCCGUGUGCACGGCUGACGGCGACCCACUUCCACGACCAAACCAGAAAUACAGCGCGAAGGACUCAUUUUAUAAGUCCUCUACACAAAAAGCGUAUGAAGGUGUUCCCUGGGACAAGAUGCUGCCACCAAGACCCGGUCCGGAGGAGACAGCAGCGGAGAGCGCGGCCGACCUCGUCUCGCAGUGCUUCACACUGAAAAGAUGCGAGAGGGCGCCGGCACUGACUCAGAUGGUCGGUGGACUCUGGGACAGAUUCCAGACAAGAUCUUUCUCGGCGCCGGUCAAACCAGUGAAUUUUGUGAGUCCAAGUUCUAGAAGCAAAUACAUUCCUCUCUACACGGGCUGCGUGCAGUCCGCGGACGCCGACGCCGUUGACAACCCCUGGGCGGACGCCGCGUGCCUGGGCGAGCCGCGGCGUUCCAGCAGCCGUCGCUCCAACACGAGCCGCUCCGCAAAUACCCCAGGGUACACCGGCAAGGUCCAUGUCACCGCCACACACCCGGCCAACCCGAGCGUUCCGGCGGCGGCCCCCUCGCCAGACUCGGCCGUGCACCGCAUCUUCCAGAAAGAACUGACGGGCGGCCGCUCCCGCCGCCAGGCGCCGCUGUCCCGGAUGGUCACGACUGUACGGCCUUACAACCCCUUCAACAGGAAGGAAAAAGAAGCGACGGCCGGCUACUGA